GGAAAAGAUAAUAAAAUGUCCAUCCCAGACCCUCUCCUCGGGCUCUCCGUCGCAACAGGCACAAUCAAAAGCAAGCUUAAUGCCCAAUAACCCCGCGCCGGACUCUCCCACAGAGAAGAGUUUAGCCCCAAGCCCCGGAGGCCAGGCAGGCCGCCUCCAGAGGAGCCCCCGCAGACGCCAUACUAAAAGUCAAAAUGGCUGCCCCAAGGAAGCCCGCACCGCGCAGCUAGUAAGGGUUGGGGAACAAGCUUCUGCGGGAAAGGGGGAGGGGGACUCUCGGAAGAGCCGUCGCCAGAACCGUAGGCAGGACUAUCGCCCCCCGAGCUGCACAGGUUCUAAUUACAGCCACCCCUUGACAUAACUUUUGAACUAUCUGGAAAAAUACCGCCCAGGAAAAAAAAAAUGAUAAAAUUUUUCCUAAUGGUGAAUAAACAAGGACAGACCCGACUUUCUAAAUACUAUGAACAUGUGGAGAUCAAUAAGCGUACACUUCUGGAAACAGAAGUCAUAAAGAGCUGUCUCUCCCGAUCCAAUGAACAAUGCUCUUUCAUUGAAUUUAAGGAUUUUAAGCUGAUAUAUCGACAGUAUGCUGCUCUAUUCAUUGUGGUUGGAGUUAACGACACUGAGAACGAGAUGGCCAUUUAUGAAUUCAUCCAUAAUUUUGUGGAAGUGUUAGAUGAGUACUUCAGCCGAGUGAGUGAACUAGAUAUAAUGUUUAAUUUGGAUAAAGUGCACAUCAUUUUGGAUGAGAUGGUGUUAAAUGGCUGCAUUGUGGAAACAAAUCGAGCAAGAAUUCUUGCCCCUCUACUCAUUCUUGAUAAAAUGUCAGAAAGCUGAAUGAUAGAAGGCUCUACCAGACAUCAACCUGUAAAAAUGGGAAUACCUCUCUACAUCUGUAGCCCAAAAAAUGUGGAAGACUGCACACUGCAAAAGGGGGUGUCCUUCCAAAGACAUUUUAAAUAGGUGUUUUCCGUAGUUCCUAAAUGGAAAACAAAGCUGUAUUUUAAAAUAUGGUCUACAAAGAAAAAUUUUUCUCUGAACUAAGCGACGAGUUUUAUUUUCUAAACAUAAGCAUUUUUUUCCCACCUGUUCAAAUUUUUUUGAGUUCUGAAGGUAACUUUUUCGUUCUCUGCUUCCCUAUGCACGUUUAAUUCAGGAUUAGCAGCAUGGGAAGAACAUGUGACAACUAUCAGCCAAUAAAAUUUUAAACACACAUAGUACUUUGAAUGUUUUCUGAAUGUUCUUUUUCCUUAAAAUGUUUUAAGUCAAAACUUUACAAAAUUGUGUAACUAAUAAAAAUUGAGAAUUAAAUUUCAUUUACCAGUUUCUAAAAAGCCUGAUAACCAUAUUAUUUGCACUUGGCAAUUAAAAUGUCAUCAUGUAAUUAAUUCACUUAUAAUGUUACUACCAAAAAUGAAUGGUUACACAUUAAAAGAGCGGUCUUACAAC